AUGUCAGGCGAAAUGGGAAACGCCGCUUCAGGUGGAGAAGGCAAAUCCCCGGUCGAGGAACGGCCCCCUUUGCCUGCAAAAGACUCUUCAUGGCGUGCCGCUGCUUUGCCGGCCACGGGCGUCGAUCCAUCAUCUGCGCCCGCGCCCGCCCCAUCUCCAGCACCGGGCCCGCCACGGCUCAAGAAGAAAGUCCCUUGGAAAGGCAAGAAUAUUAUGGUGUUGCUUCCAUGGGAUGACGAACGUGGUAAAAGCGGCAAGGCUCCCCCGCCUCUUCAACAGAAGGAGGUUGAUGCUAUGCUGAAAGAAUGGGAGCAGCUGGGUUAUGAUACCACAGGCUUUAACUUGGGCCAUUCAGGAGAUUCCGAUGGCGGAGCAGCUCAGGGCCAGAGUUGCCUUAUCUGGCCACAUAUAUCGGAUGUGGUUCAGGAGAGGGAGCAAAGGGCUUUCAAGGUUGGCAUCCCGGACCGAAGAGAAUGGGAUUCUUACGUUGAGCAAUUGAAAGAAGCUAAGCUUCGUGCCCUGGGCGUAUCGCUCGGCGACGACGACCUGCCUCCUACCAUAUCGCCGGUGCCGUCGAACAUGAGCCGGCAAGCUUCAGUUCAAUACCCGCCAUUGCCAUUCUCGCCGCCAUUGCCAACAACUUCGGCAUCUAGCAGCCAUGUGACGCAUCAUCCAAAUCCUUUCUCUCCUCCCUUGGGGCCUACUGCUGGCCUCUCAACCAGUCAAAGCUCCAACCCAGGCUCUAUUGCAUCGCCGGCUUCGAUGCACGCUCAUUUGCAGCAGGGGAAGUUCAAUCCCAGACAGUCUGUGUCGUUCGGGCCUGGAGAGCAUCCAUUUGGAUCUCCAUUCCAAUAUCCUCAACAGCAGUCUCCAGGAGUGUGGACUCCUCAGCAAGCCCUGUAUCAGCAAGGACAUGCUCGGGGCGGAUCUCCAUCUAUAAGUAACCUUGGACCGAUCCUUUCGCCCAGCUCGCCAUUUUCUCAAGAUGGAUAUUUCCAAUCUGGGGAUGUCAUGUCUCAGAUGCAGCAACGACAGCAGCUCCAACUCCAACAGCAAUUACAAUUACAGCCUGGUGCUAGGGCCUCCCCGCGACUACAGGAAGUUCGUGAGGUAGAAGAUGAAACUACCGUUGCGCCUUCGAAGAGCCCAUCAAAAACCCCUGAGGCUAGAGUGAUAAAACAUAAUCCAAGCGCUAGCCUUCAAAAGGAAAUUGAUGAUGCUGAGUACCACCUGGAAGAGCAAUUUCAGCGCCAGCUUGAGCAUGAGGAUUACAGUCCCCAUUCUGACAGUGGCGAUAAGGAGACGCGCUUCGCAAGCAAGCCUCAAUCCUCACAUAUCCGUAACGCUUCCUCCGCACAGAAAGGCCUUGGCAAUUCUCGGUUUGCUCUGAGUGAUUCUGAGGAAGGACCGGUCUUGCAUCAUCCUCAACCUCACAGCAGAGGUCAUUCCCUAUCCCAGCAGCCAUUCCAGGAUAGUGAAGAGGUAUCAAGCGCUGCUGAAUCUAAACUAGCACUCUCCGGAAAUGAAAAGAACCUGAAGGCUGAACUCUCCGAUAUCGAGACAAAUCCGAGCCAUUUGGGAACUCCAACCCACAAUGGUGAUGCGGCUAUCAAUGGGCAUGGUAAAUCACUCUCGAUGGCCAGCAACCCAUGGGCGGAUAAUAAAUCUGAAGCCGCCAAUCCAUCGCGAUCAUCCCGCCACAGUGCUAAGCCAUCGGUGUCUAAGCUCAACGUUGCUGCUAAAGAAUUUACUUUCAAUCCCUCAAGUUCUUUUAUACCGGGGCAAUUCUCGUUCAGUGGCAACAACUUCCAACCGCCAUCUGUUUCCGCAUUUCCAGCGUUUGCUCCGCCUAUGUCUGCCACAUCAAGCCACUUCAGUAAUCAAUCCAUGGGUAGCUCGAAAGCCAAGAUCAACGUUGCUGCACCUGCUUUCACCCCUGGACAAAGCCAAUUCAGUUUUUCUGCUGCUGGACCAAGCUUCAGACCGGAUGCACCUGCCUUCACACCCUUCAAUAACUUUUCCGAUUCUGUGGGAAGUGGAGGCUCGGGCAGUGAGGCUCCUAAAGGCUCUAUAUUUGGUAAUAUCGAUCUUAGCCUUCUUGGAAUAUCUAAACCUAGCAAGAAGUCCAAGGCGAUCCCAAUUAUUCGCCCCGAUAGUAGCCACUCCAGAAAUCUUGAGGAUGAAAUUAUGGAGGACAAAUUUGGCCGGAUCACCCAAGGCGAGGGCCGUAUCAAGCGAGCUCGUGGUGCAAAGGAUGAUGGAGACUCAGUGCCUUUGUUUGCUGAACCCAGCAUGCCCCUCACCGAGACAACUCGUGGGCAAUCCCCACCGAAGGAAUCGUUGCCAGCUAUGGACAACCCUGCCGAUAAGGAGAACUCGGCGCCAUCAGAUGAUGAAGAACAACCACCAACUGUUCCUCUGAAGACCGUCCAAGACACGUUCGAAGCCUCGCCAGGUCUUCCUAGCAAGGACUUCGAGCCUUAUGAGUUUCACCAACAAAAACAAGCAGAAGACUUCAAUGCUGCAAGGCCGUUUACUUCUCGACGAUACGGUUCUGGUUUACCUGCCUAUGGCUUUCAUGAGCCUUCAGAUGAAGAUGUGGUUUCUCCUGUAGAGGAGCCCACAAACACUUCGCAUAAGGGCCAUAAGAAGAAUGGCUCUUCGCUGUCAGCCACUGCGAAACCGUUUGACUUCAAGCCAGGGGCGUUCAACUUCACAUUUGGCCAGCCUUCGGAACCAAAACCUGCCCCCACUGUGUCUCUUCCUAAGGCUGGAUUGUCUGCUUCGAGAUUUGCAAAGAGUCCCACCCCACCCCCAAUGGUGUCAUCACCUGAUGACGCCUUGAAAUCCCCCGAAAGAUCUGACUUCCAAGCUGCAUUACCACUGGAAAGCCCUCCAAUAUAUUCCGAUGGCCAUGAGUCAGAUGCUGCUAACCGUGAACCCACAUUCGAAGAGAUCGAUGCCGUCAUGCGUCAUCUUAAUGAUGUUGAGAUGGAAUCGGCUCCUCGUGACAGUUCUCCCAGAUGGAAUCAGUCAAGUCCAGCAAAGGGGAUUCACAUGCCGCGUAUGGAGAAUUCCCCACCCAUCCGCCUACAGCCUCAGAAUAUAAUGCGUAGCGAUGCGCCAAGCCCGGGCCCAGGAAGGUUCCAAGCAUUGCCUGGCGAGACUGUACAAGAGAGGAUCUUCUCUCGGAAUCUCAAUGAUCCAUUCCUUGAUGAGCCUCAGCAAUCAAACGUACCGCUGAUAUCACCUUCGCCUAUUCAUCGUCUCAACCGAGGAAGCAGCGUACCUGCUAGCGACUGGGACGAUGUUCUCAGUGAAGCAGAAGAAGAUAAGCUACAGCCGCGCGCGCGCUUCUUCGACAGUCAUGUCAACGACUUGGUUGGUGGUCUGCUAGCAGAGAGACUAGGACCUCUAGAGAGGACCCUAGAGACCAUCCAACUGUCAUUGGGAAUGAUGGCCGCACGCGCCCCGUCAAGCCGGCGCGAAAGACGAAGCGUCUCUGGCGCGCUCAGCGAUGCAGAUGAUGAAGAUGACGACAAUCCUCGCCGGUCACUCAGUCCGAGAAGAGACAAGAAACUCGAAAAACUUAGAGCUAUUAUUAAUGAAGCUCUCAAUGCUCAUCAAUCUUCAAGACCGGCCACUGCGAGCGCCCAAUCAUCAGCUACUCCAGAUUCUCGCACCAUCCUCCAAGCUUUGGAGGACAUGAAGGAGCAAUUUGGACAAUCCAUGCGACUUGAUCUACGUGGUGAAGACCUCAGGAAUGUUGUUGAAGACGCCGUUGAGAGACGUAUGCCGGCUUCGCCUAAACCCAUAGUUGACGAGGCCGCUAUCACCAGAGAGUCUGAGCAGAAGGCCAAGAUCGCAUAUCUAGAAGAGAAACUUCAAGCUGCGGACUCCAAACCUGCCUUCGAUGAAGCUGCCAUUGUGCGUGAAGCUGAGCAGCGGGCUAGAAUCGGCCAUCUCGAGGAGAGGCUUCAAAUUGCUGAGUCCAAACCAAUCUUCGACGAAGCAGCAGCUGCGAGAGAUGCCGAACAGAAGUCCAAAAUAUCUCAGCUCGAAGAAAAGAUUGGUGCUGCCGAGGCCCAGACCGAGGAACAGGUUAACAACCGUCGGGCGGCAGAAGAUCGUCUUGCUGAAGUCCAAAGAUUGCUCCGAAUCUCAUCUGAGGAAGAGGUUCGCCUCCGAGAGGCUAUGGACGAGCGAGAGGUGAAGAUCCGAGAAAUCGUCGACGAAAGCGAUCGGAAGGUAAGAAGCGUAGAGGAAUCUAGGGCCAAGACUACCAUGCGGAUCGCCCUACUCGAGGCCGGCCAGGGUAAUGCCCAGAAGUCCCAAUCAGAGCUUCAAAACCGGAUCAACAUUUCGGAGAACGACCUACGGCAAGCUCGACAAGAAGUCCAACACUGGCAAAUGGAAGCGGAACGGGCACUAGAAGCGGCCAAGAGACAUAGCGAGGAUGCUGAACAGGCCAACGAGACCAACAAGGACCUGAGACGGACCGUCGAAAGCUUGAGGACUCAGAUGGAGGAAAGUAUCCGAGUCCGAGAAGGCAUGAGAGGGAAAUUAAUAGAUUUGCAGGAGGACAUGGCCCGCGCUGCCCGCGAUAUUUCCGAGGAAAACUCUCGACGUGCCAAGAAAGAACAGGAACUCAUUGCCCGGCAGGAAGUUCUCGAUGCCAAACUGCAAGCGGAAGCCCGGACUCGGGAACGACUGGAACUAGAGAUCGAACGCCUGGAGGGUGGUGAGAGGGAGGGUAUGAGGGCUGUGAGUGAGGGUAAGAAGUUGGAGGCACUCAUUACCGAUCUCAGAAUGGAGAGUCACAACGCCCAGAAAGACGCCAUGCGAUUCCAGCGGGAGUUUGAAGAGGCUCGCGAGUCCGGUUUGAGUGAAGUCCAGAGAACUAGGAACUAUAUGCAAGCUGAGAUAGAGGCGGCUAAUAAUCAAGUCAACGUUGUCAGAGAGGAUCUCGAGAAUCAGAUCUUAAGAGUGCGGGCGGAAAUCGAUCAGGUUAAACUGGAUGCGGACACGGCAAGAGAAAAGCAUGAGAUGCUUCUAGAGGAAGCCAAUAAUUCCAAAGCUGCUGCUCUCGAAGAUCUGAAACGAAAGGAUGCUGAUGCAGUCGAAGAUCUGCAGGCGCAGUAUGAGCGCCAACUCGGCAACGCUGUUGACGAUGCUCAAAGAUCAGAGCAACAUCUUCUCGAACGCCUAUCUCUGUCUUCCGCCAAGACCGAACAUCUUCAGGAUCGCGUCCAACACUUGGAGGAGAAACUUGAGAUUUCCAACCAAGCUGCACAAGCCGCUGUCAAGGCUGCUGCUCGAUCGACCAGCGUACCAGUGUCAUUGCCAACGCCAUCAGCAGCACAGCCUGUCUUUGUGCCACAGGCAAUUUCUCGUGCUAUGGAACUACCUGAGAAAAUCUCACCACAAGCACUUCGAGAAUCCAUCAUGGUAUUGCAAGAACAGCUUCAGGAACGAGAACAGACGAUUGAACGGCUCGAAGCUACUUUGUCGCACGUGGAUCUCGACGCACCAACCAAGAUCGCGAAGCGUGACGAUGAAAUCAUGUGGUUACGUGAGCUACUAGCCGUUCGUAAAGGCGAUCUACUGGACAUCGUGAAGACCCUCUCGACCGAUAACUACGACCCCGAGCAAAUUAAGGAUGCAGCGAUUCGACUCAGCGCAAAUCUCCAAAUGGAAGAACAAGAGCGAGAACGCGCGAUGAACGGCGGCUCAGCUCUGAAUCUCCCCAACAUUGCGGCUAGUCUCCGAGAUGCUGCAACUCCUCGUGUAGCACAAGCCGUUGGCCCUCUUGCCGCGGCAUGGGGUAACUGGCGCAAAUCUCGAGAUCCAAAUGCUUCUGAAUCAAUGAGGAGCAGCUCCUCCACGCCUAGCAAGAACAACAGUCCCGGUUCUCAAAGCUUCCUCUCUGGUCUUUUAACGCCACCUGCAAGCACUGCUCGUCAAGGCACGCCUAGCGGGACAACUAGUCAGCCCACCGCAUUUGGUAGCACUGGCCAGCGAUUUACGAGCGCGCAGCUUGCAAAUCGACCCCGUGUCAUGACGCCUCGCCGUCAAGAGAAUGUUCCCAUGAGAGGCAGCCCUAAAAAGGCCGUGGUGCCCAGCACCCCGCCGAUGAUGCGUAAGAGCUCAUAUGAUGCUGACGCACGCGCGGAGGAUUUCAGCGAUGCGGGCUUCUACGAUGAUGAGGAGAGUGAGAAUACAGCUGAAGGGAGCUUGUAUGGUGGAGCACGGCGGUAA